AUGCGAUUGUGGUAUUUCUUGCGAUUCGAUACACCGGAAUUUGAUGAAAUGGCUAUAGCGUGGGAAGAUGCUGCAGCAAGCUUUAUUGCCCACAUUCAGCAUUCCCGCAUCAUUGACCAAGGUUUGACGCGCAAUGCCAAUCGCCUGAAGCCAUACUUUUCGGUGACCAUUGUUGUACUCAUAUUUUUUACCACCAUCAAUGCGCUGGAAUGGAAAUUCUACAGCGGCUGCGGAUUGAGCUCAAGUUAG